GUAAGCUUUGUUUUAGAGAUCUGCCAAGUGCUUUGAUCAUAUAAUUUAGCCUGAUUUGUGGACAUGGAAUCCCCGGACAACAGACUGUACAUGUGCACCGCGUGCUUUGGAAGGUUUCUUUGGAGCGAACUGUCGCGGAAGGAGCUCCGCUGCUCUCAGUGCCGUCUGUCCACCAAAAUCUGUGUCAUUUGCGAUAAGAAGUUCGAGCCGCGCGAAAUGUCGCAAGUUUACUGCAAGCAAUGCAAUUUCUACAUCGAAAGACAUGCCGCGGUCAAGCCCCCUCCCUUGGGUGUAGAAAUCGGAAGACCAGCGGAGACGACCAGUGGGUCAGGUACGGAAGGAUCUUCGAUCACAGAACGCUGGAAGGAGAUUAAGGCCGCGGCUGGAAUCGUGGACGACUUUGACUGAAUCGACGUGCGCUUUAUUAAAAAGGAUGUAUCAUUUUCCUGAUACCUUAACUAUUUUAAGCUGUAGAGUUAAUAUAAUGUUUUAAUAUAAAAAGAAAUUCCAUUGAGAAUUAAUUGCAAAACAUGCGUCGAA